UAGGGCUGAGAAAACGAAUAUCCAUCUCAUCAUCAUAUCCUCAAAUUGAUGAUGCAGAUGAGAUGUGAGUGAACUGUAAUACAUUUCCCUCUCAACCAAACGCGUCGUUAUUAUCUAAAAAUUUCAUGGCGAAGAAGGAUAAUACAAUGAACAGUACUGCACAGCAAAUUUCAGCCAAGUGGUUAACAAAUUCAAAUACAUUCAAAACCCAUGAAAUUACAGCUAGUAUUAUCUUCCAUUUGUUUCUUUCCUACCAACCAAUUCUAUAGCACUAACUAGCUUGUUUUUUUUGUUUUCGUUUUUCUUAGUUUUUCUAGGAUCCUUUUUUUCUUCUUCUUGUGUAAUUUAUUUGUUGUAUUUGUAAAGCUUCAAAAUGGCUGUAGCUAUAGCUGCUGGGACUACUGUAAGGGUUUGUUCUGGUUUGAAAAUUGUUGAAAAUCAUUUACAGAAUCAUAAUGGGUUUACCAAGAAGUUCUUGAUUUCUGAUGUUCAAAGAUGUCAAAUUUUCCCCAAAGGAAGAUUGUCAUCUUCUGUAGCUGUGAAAGUCCCACGAGCUUCAUCUACAGCUUCUGUAGAGGAUGGAAGUUCUAGCGGGACUGACACAGUUCCUACUCCCAAAGUAAUAAUUGAUCAGGAUUCAGAUCCAAAUGCAACUGUUGUGGAGAUAACUUUCGGUGAUCGCCUUGGAGCUCUCCUCGAUACGAUGAAUUCCCUUAAAAAUCUUGGACUUAAUGUUGUUAAGGCGAAUGUCUUCUUGGACUCUUCUGGGAAGCACAACACAUUUUGUAUUACUAAAGCUGAUACUGGCAGAAAAGUUGAGGAACCAGAGUUAUUAGAAGCUAUACGUUUGACGAUAAUAAACAAUUUGCUGGAGUAUCACCCGGAAUCAAGUGCUCAGUUAGCAAUGGGAGUAGCUUUUGGAAUUGAACCACCAAAGCAAGAGAUUGAUGUGGAUAUUGCAACCCAUGUAAACAUAUACGACGAUGGUCCCGAUCGCAGCUUGCUUUAUGUUGAGUCUGCCGAUCGCCCUGGAUUACUGGUGGAUCUCGUGAAGAUCAUCACUGACAUAAACGUUUCAGUUCAGUCAGGAGAGUUUGAUACCGAGGGGCUGUUGGCCAAAGCAAAAUUUCAUGUUAGUUAUCGGGAUAAAGCCAUCAUCAAACCUCUCCAGCAGGUUAUUUCAAAUAGCCUGAGGUAUUUCCUGAGGCGGCCAUUCACCGACGACGCGAGUUUUUGAGCUGUUCUAGGUAGGGACCAUAUGUAAGUUUAUAUAUACUCGAGAUGACUUGAGUAUUUGUGUUAAAGGGGUUGGAUUGUGGAAUGUAAAUGAAUUCAUGUCUCCCUGUUGGAAUAAUAUGUUACUGUGACGACAACUAUUUAAGAAUAAUCUGUUGUACUAAAGAUCGCAUCAAGUUAUAAAAGUACAUUUCUGCCCA